CAGUGGUUUCGCGGAACCAGUAGCCUGUACUCCACGCCAUGGCGUCUCCAAGCGCCGGGCCGGCGGAGCUGGGCUUCGUGGAGGCGGUGCCGUCGUGGCGGCUGCGCAGCGAGCAGUUUCCCAGCAAGGUGGGCGGCCGGCCGGCGUGGCUGAGUGCGGCCGGGCUGCCCGGGCCCCCGGAGCUGGCCUGCCCGCUGUGUGGCCGCCCGAUGGCCUUCCUGCUGCAGGUGUACGCGCCGCUGCCGGGCCGCGCCGACGCCUUCCACCGCUGUCUCUUCCUCUUCUGCUGCCGGACGCCGCCGUGCUGCUGCGGCCUGCGCGUUUUCAGAAACCAGCUGCCCAGGCGAAAUGACUUCUAUUCCUAUGAGCCGCCUUCUGAGGAUCCUCCGUCAGAGACGGGAGAGUCUGUGCAUCUCCAGCUCAAGUCUGGUGCACAUCUCUGCAGAGUUUGUGGCUGUUCAGGCCCCAAAAGAUGCUCCAGAUGUCACAAGGCACAUUAUUGCAGUAAGGAGCAUCAGAGUCUGGACUGGAGAUUAGGACACAAGCAGGCUUGUGCACAGACAGAUAAUUUGGACAAUACAGUUCCAGAUCACAACUUCCUUUUUCCAGAAUUUGAAAUUGUAAUAGAAACAGAAGAUGAGAUUACGCCUGAAGUUGUGGAAAGAGAUGAUGAAUCAGAGAUUAUAGGAACCAUGGGUGAAGCACAUGAGGAAGAAUUGGAAUCCAUGGCAAAACAUGAAUCUAGGGAAGAUAGAAUUUUCCAGAAGUUCAAAACUAAAAUAUCCCUUGAACCAGAACAGAUUCUCAGAUAUGGCAGAGGGAUUGCCCCGCUCUGGAUCUCCGGUGAAAAUACCCCUCGAGAAAAGGAUAUUCCAGAUUGCCCCUGUGGUGCUAAGAGGUUAUUUGAAUUCCAGGUCAUGCCUCAGCUGCUCAACUACCUGAAGGCUGACAGACUGGGCAAGAGUGUCGACUGGGGUGUCCUGGCCAUCUUCACCUGUGCCGAAAGCUGUAAACUGGGCAUUGGCUACACAGAGGAAUUUGUUUGGAAGCAAGAUAUAACAGAUGCAGCCUAAAGACAAUGGUGUGAAGCCUUAAAAUAUUCAUAAUCUCUUCUACCUUGCAGUUCUAUUUCUAGAACUUUAUCCUAAGGAAACAGUUGUACCAGAGAUACACAGAGGUUGUUUUAGGUGUUGUUUACAUUGUCUGAAUGUUAGACAUGUCCAGUGGCAGGGAAUUGAAUAAAUUCUGGUGUAUCUGUCUAGCAGGAGGCUACCGUCUUAACGAUACAGACCUAUAUGCAGAUCAAGUAAAAUAGACAAAACCAUCCAUAAACCAUGUAUAUGCCACCUGUAGGCCACCCCAUCUAUAGACCAGCUCAUCUAUAGACCACCCCAUCUAUAUAGCAGCUCACCUGUAGACCACCCCAUCUAUAGACCAGCUCACCUGUAGGCCACCCCAUCUUUAAGACCACCCCAUCUAUAGACCACCCCAUCCGUAAGACCACCCCAUCUAUAGACCACCCCAUCCGUAAGACCACCCCAUCCGUAAGACCACCCCAUCCGUAAGACCACCCCAUCCGUAAGACCACCCCAUCCGUAAGACCACCCCAUCCGUAAGACCACCCCAUCCGUAAGACCACCCCAUCCGUAAGACCACCCCAUCCGUAAGACCACCCCAUCCGUAAGACCACCCCAUCCGUAAGACCACCCCAUCCGUAAGACCACCCCAUCCGUAAGACCACCCCAUCCGUAAGACCACCCCAUCCGUAAGACCACCCCAUCCGUAAGACCACCCCAUCCGUAAGACCACCCCAUCCGUAAGACCACCCCAUCCGUAAGACCAUUAUAGAUGGUGAAGGUUUUGUAAAAAUACACGUGUAUAUGUAUCAAAAAAUCAAAGAUACUAGAUGUGAACUCAGCAGU